UUCUAACAAAAACUGGAAUACGAAAAUGCAUAAGGACGGUGAAAGUGUUAGCUGCAAAGCGAAAAAACCACAUCACGUAAGAAGACUGAGCUUUGGCCAAACGAGUCUAACCUCAAACGUGGUUAACCAAUUUCGGGAUGAUGCAUUGUUAAAUGAUAAAAACCUAACAGAUAUACCAUGUACAAUAAAGCACGAAUUUGUUUUCAUAAAGGAUGAAACUUGCAUCGAUUAUACUUUGCCUAAGAAAGAAACAUCGUAUUGGUCACCCAUUUUGGGUACAUCUGUUACCGUUUCUACGAGACCAUCGCCGAUUUUAGGUGGUAGAAAGCGUAUGAAGCUGGCCAAUGCCAACAGCAAAGAAAAUAUCAGAAAAAAUUUAUUCGAACCUCUGUCCGACACAGUUCCUCUCAAUGCUUCUCCGAUACUGGGAGGGAACUUUCACAAAAGGAACAAAAGAAGAAAGCCACAACGCAAAGUCCUAAAUCAUAUUGAAAAUGUAAAAGUAGAAAGUAACGCAGGAUCUCCUGUAACUUGUUCCAAAGUAUAUAACAAACCAAAGGAAGUUGUAUCUCCUGUUUUGGGUAGCAGUUCUUAUUGUUAUAAGCGCAAGCAAAGGAAACCAAAGAAGGAAAACAAUAAAGUAACAGAUAACUGUGUAAGCUCUAGCGUAAAUACCACUGAUGCUUGUAGCUUGGUCGAUAAAGGUAGUUUGAAGAAAGAAAUCAAGUGGGAAAUGUUAAGCAGCCAGGAGCUAUGUGCACCAAUGAUAAAGUUAGAAAAUUGUUUUGAAGACGAUAACUUAAAUUAUUUACCCUUAUGUAAAGAUUCAAACAUUUCGGAAGACCCUGUAGUAUUGGAUUCAUCGAUGAUUAAAAUAAAAUUAAAUAUCAAGGAUAGUCCAAAGGAUGGGGAAGAUAUCAUGAAAAUUGAAACUGAAUCUAGUUCCGAAGACUAUGAUGACAGAAAAGAUGGUGCAUAUAUAAGCAACGAUUCCGACAAAGAUUCUAGCGUUUGUGAUUAUAUAGAAGACACGGAUACACAACACGUAGGUUCAUUUUGUAAAGUUGCAUCAUUACACUCGCAAACAUUUGAUACAGAUUCAGAUGACACGUUCUAUUCGAAAGCGGAAUUAUGUCUGGGCCUGCUUUCCAAUGUACGAUGCUCUUCUCAGAACAUCUCUCAAACUUUGACGCAAAUUACAGAUACCAAGUCAGCGAGCCAAACUGAAAUUAUGAUUAACACGAAAACAUCACCAUAUGAAAUGCGUACAGAUUCGUCUACAAUGAAAUUAACUAUUUUGGACUCUGGGAAAAAAAGAAGGAAACCAAAAAGGGGUAGUUUGACGGAGAAACUGCAGUCAAUGAUUAAUAGACAAAUAUCGUCUGUACGUAUAUGGAGACAUCGACUAAAACAAGGGAUGAAACAAAAUCUUUCUAUACCAUGCGUUACCGUUUCUGUGCAAACAUGUAUAACGCGUUUUAAUAGGCAAUUUUUGGGGGGAGUCGUGGUCGAGGAUCCAUUUAAUUUGUUAUCGCACGGAGGAAGAAAUAAUUCCGUCAAAUUUAUAAAUAUUAUGACAAUUCCCGAUGUAGUAGGAAUAAAAAUGUCGAUAGCUCAAGAUCGACCAGAACUUUACGAAGAAGUGAAGCUUUACAAGAAUGCUCGAGAAAGAGAAAAGCACGAUAAUCAAGCUGACUUGUAUGCGGUUGUGAACACGUUGCAGCAUUUGGAGAAAGCUUAUAUCAGAGAUUGUGUAACUCCAAAGGAGUAUACGGCUGCUUGUAGCAAAUUAUUGGUGCAAUACAGAGCGGCUUUCAAACAGGUACAAAGCGAUCAAUUUCCUACUAUAGACGCCUUUGCCAGAGCAUUUCGAUUAGAUUGUCCAGCCGCGUUGGAGAGAAUCAAGGAAGACAGACCGAUAACCAUAAAGGAUGACAAAGGAAAUACAUCUAAAUGCAUUGCAGACAUUGUUUCUUUAUUUAUUACGUUAAUGGAUAAAUUGCGAUUGGAAAUCAAAGCGAUGGAUCAAUUACAUCCAGAUUUAAGAGAUUUAGUGGACACAAUGAAUCGGCUGAGCAUAUUACCGAGCGAUUUCGAUGGCAAAGAAAAAGUGGCGGAAUGGUUGCAAACUCUUAGCAAUAUGUCCGCAUCUGACGAGUUGUCCGACACUCAAGUCAGGCAAUUGAUCUUCGACUUGGAAACAUCUUACAAUGCUUUCAACAAAAUUCUUCACAAUUCUUCGUAAUAUCUGUAGCUUAUUUCGCACCGUAUCGAAACAUACGUCUAUAGGAUGCUCGUAUCCUCGAUCGCUGUGCGAUGGUUCUUCUUUGAAUGUUUCGUUUCGCGUCUUUCUUUCAGACCAUCACAAAACUGUGCGCAAAUAUACCUAUUUUCUACGCGAUCUUUUCUUACGAUAAGACAUUUACGCGAUAAUAUAAUGAUAAUCGUAACAUAUAAAACAAUGUACAUAUACAUGCUAUCAAUUGAAAAAAUAUAACUAAUCGUAGGUGCUUGUUAUUACGUUGGA